UGGAGAGCAGAUGCAGCAGCAGGGUAAACAUGCAGUAAAGAGAUAUAUAUCGAGUGUCUGCGCAUGCAUAAACAGACAGGGGUGACUGUAAUGUUAAGCCAGAUUUUCUGAUUUACACCCAGCUAAUGUACUGCGCUCCUGUAACCUAAAUCUUGACUUAAGAGCCAGUGUAUGGACAGAGGGACUAGACAAGAUAACGGAACAUCUCUACAUUUCUUACCUACAGCAAAGAUGACAGCUGCCACGAGGGUGUUAGACGAGCUGUGCCACCUAACUGCUCAGUCGCUGACCAUGCUGGAUCCAGCCCAUCACUUCCAGAUCAUCAAGCUCCUGGGUGAAGGGUCCUAUGGAAAGGUCAUGCUGGCAGUGCAUAAGAAGAGAGGUACUCCCAUGGCAUUAAAAUUCUUUCCUCGGGAAUCUACUUCUCUCCUGUCUUUUCUGAGGGAGUACAAUCUCUGCCUCGCCUACUGUGCUCAUCCCUCUCUCACAUCAGCUCUGGGCAUUGCCUUCUCCACCCCGACCCACUUCGUCUUUGCCCAGCAGCCCGGCCUUUAUGGAGACCUGUAUGACGUCAUUAUUCCAGAGAUGGGCCUGGAGGAGAUCUGUGCUCAGCGAGUCGCCUCUCAGAUCAGUGGUGCUCUUUCUCACCUCCACUCUCUCGGCUUUGUCCACCGCGACGUUAAGCCAGAAAACAUUUUCCUGUGUGACCGGGACUGCCAUUGGGUGAAGCUUGGUGAUUUUGGCAUGGUGAAGGCAGUGGGCACCAGGGUACCCUGUGUGUGGUACAGUUCCCCCUACUGCACUCCCGAGGCAGAGAUAGCAAGGAAGAAGGAAGCGAGUGAUUUGAGGUCUUUGUCUGUGGAUGAGAACGCCAACAACAGAAAAGAGGAAACCCAGAAGACUCCAAAAAAACAUAUAUUAGUUUCAGUAGAGACCAGUACAGACAGCUGGGCACUGGGAAUCCUGAUCUAUGCUAUGCUAAUGGGAAAACUACCCUGGUCUGAAAGUGUUCCCGACAAUGUGGCGUAUAAUGAGUACAUACUAUGGACUGAGAGGGUGAGGACUCUUACUGAAAACUGCAAGUCAAAAGGUCAGAGGGAUUUCUGUCACAUAGCGCCACAGUUCACAGGCUUCACCCCACUGGCAUGCUCUAUGUUUCAGGCAUUACUACACGCAGACCCCAACCUCCGUGUGGCCACAGCAGAAGUAGCAGCAUAUCUGGGAGGAGCCUGGCUACAGGGUGAUGAUAUUAGUGGGUGAAUAUUGGGUGCAGCAGCAGCUCAGCACUGGGUUAGAGCACUGGGCUAUCGCUGACAGGGUUGUGGGUUCAAUACCAGGGCUCGGGAAGCCGCCACUGUUGAGUCCUGUUGGGACCCGUAACUCUCACUUUAUGUGUGUGUUCACUGCACAGAUGGGUUAAAGACAGAGGUAAAAUUCCAUCAGUGCCAUCAGUCACCAGAGUUUAUAUGGUUGCCAUGUCUUGGGAUGCAUCGAAAUAGAAACUUAAGAAGGCCACAAGUCAAACAUAUUUUUUUUUCAGGUUUUUAUUAAUUUGCCAGAUUAAACAACCUAAUUAUAUUUUGAACUAGAGUAUUUUUUCCCCAUUUUUCUCCCAGUGUGGCUAUCCAAUUGUCCCAACCCUUUGUGCGUACCCAUCACCAAUGGCGCCUGUGACCCUAGGACGGUGUGGAGGAGCGCAUGCCUCCUCCGAGACAAGUCAGUCACCCCUUUUUUUAAGCUGCUGCCGAUGCAUCAUUGCCUGAGAGGCUAGCACGCUUGGAGGAAAGCGCAGCGAAUAGGUUCAGAUACAUGAGCUCACAGAUGCCUUGUGCUGCCCAGCUCCACCUUUGAGCAUGAUGGGGAGAGAGCGCCAUCUACCCACCCGGAGGGAGCAAGGCCAAUUUUGCUUUCUCUGGGCACCAGCAGCUGAUGGCAGAGCUACAUAAACGGGAUUCUAUCCUGCGACCUCCCAUUCGUAGUGGCAGCGCAUUGUACACUCAGCGCCCCUGAACACUUUUUAACAUUUUCACCACUUCAGCUAGUUCUGAUUUGAUCAUGUCAUCAACAAAUAUUUUUUUGCCGUUUUGUUAAGUGCAUCCCUAGUGAAGAAGCAGAAUGAGACUGGUGGAACGAAAGCAAUAGCAAAUUUAAAUGAUAGAAAAAAAAUCGAUCUUUAUUGGCAUCUGUUUAUGUAUUUAACAGAUCUCUGUAAUAUCUUUGUAAUUAUCAUUACAACUCUAUGUACGUCUAUGUAAAUGUACACUAUAUACAGCAUAUGAGUGAAUUAAGUUAUCACGAGCACAAAUUGCUAACAUAGAUGUUUUAUUGCGCAUACACAGUUUGUAUAAUCUGCACAUAAAACAUGGCCAUGUCCAAUGGCAGAAAUUGGCUAGACAUCGGUAUAAAUCACCUCCCAGCAUUAGGUGGUGAAGAUAUACAACAUUUCAAUGAUGGAAUAAGUUUAAGUGAAGUUUGUGAUGCAGAUCCAAUCGUCCAACAUAACAGCUAACAUCCCACGCAGCCAUGCAUCCCAGGGCUAAAUACAACCAAAUCCUCACAGCAAUGUUACAACAUCUAUCAUAGAGCUGCAUGAAAAGAGUAGUGGUUGUUAGUUCAGCAAAAUUAACCCUUUGGACAAAUAUAGUAUCUUCACAUUUUUAUACAAUGAACAUAGAGUAUAUUGUGUUCUCUGGAUUUUCUGUUUUAUAUUGCAAAAUAUAUUGUUGUACCUUAUAAUAUUCAACGUUUUCUUGUUGGAAAUCUUUAAUAUCUGAAAUAAAAUGAACCAGAGCUCUUUCUUUGUUACUUAUCUAAAAGAAAUGUUGAUAUGUCAACUUCUUCACAAAUAUGUUUAAACCCUAGAUUCUAUAAUUCUUCCUGUGUAAAAAAUGUUAAUACUUUUUCAUACCUUUGAACAUAAAUCGUUAUAUGGUUUAAAUAAUCUUUGGUAUUCUUGGGCAACAUUGUAUUAAUCUGCCUUAUGUGAUCAAACAUGACAGACUUUUUUUAUUUACAUGACCUAAUUGGUGAAAUUCGGUAAAACUGGAUUAUAUAACAUUAAGAUUAACAUUAAGAGAUUUUUUAAAAUUAGAAUUUAAUACAUAAAUAAAGUAAAGUUUGGAUUUAAGGUAUUUACUUAAAUAGUGAGAUUAGAAACAAAAGAAAAGAGAUCUUAAAAGAAGCCACAAAAAAAAUAAGAAAAGAUCUCAAAAGAAACAAAGGCUCACAAAAAAAGAGAUCUUAAAAGAAGCCGCAAGAAAAGAGAAAAUAUCUGUGUUUCUAAGUUUUGUUUUUCAAGGAGCCUUUUCUAAGUUUCUUUAAGUUUCAUUUCAUUUCCUUUGUCUGGGCCAUGCCAUGUGGCAGCAGAUCCUUCGUUUGAUUUUCCCGCCCUUUUUCCACUGCCACAUUUAAGGCCCUCAUCCAAAGCCACUGCACACGCUCUCAGUAGUGCAGUGGUAGCACACCCGUCUGCAACUCCAAAGGUUGGGAGUUCUAACCCCGGUUCAAGCACUCCAUCCCAGAUCUAUCAAACCAUUUACACAGACACACAAGUAAUAUCAAAUAUAUUGAUAAAUAAAAA